AAAACUGAGCACCACAAAACUCUACUCUCAAGAUUGUUUUAGUCUUCGACGGGAGUUGGUUUAGACAAUUAGUUCAAGUAGAACCUAAAUUAAUACCAAAAUCAAAAUGAGUUACCCAUGGGAAAAGCGUGUUGAAUUCAUCGUCGGCCACAUGUACGAUAUUGACAACAAUGGCUUCCUGGACAACAACGACUUCAUGUGCAUGGCUCUGCGCGCCACCGUCGUGGAAGGCAAGGGCACAAUCAACCCAGCACGCCUGAACGAGUACCGAACCAUCAUGAAGGCGCUGUGGGAUGAGAUCUCUGCCCUUGCCGAUUUGGAUCAUGACGGUAAAAUCACCACCGAAGAAUUCAAGGAUGCCGUCAAAGCUACCUGCGUUGGCAAGUCCUACUCCGAUUUCCCCAAGGCCAUGAAGGCUUUCAUCGAUGCCCACUACCAGAUGAUGGACAUCAACAACGACGGUCUGGUCAGCAUAGAGGAGUACCGUUACAACUGCAUCUCCAGAAUCGCCAUGGACGACAUCAAGAAGGUCGAUGAUUCCUACAACCAGCUCGUCAGUGACGAGGACAACAAGCGCGGUGGAAUCACCCUGCAGAGAUACCAGGAACUGUACGCCCAGUUCAUGGGUAACGAGAGCGACAAGUGCGCAGCCAUCUACCUGUACGGCCCAAUCCCAGAAUAAGCCGUUUAAACCAACAUUCGAAGAUUCACCAUUUCAUCCCUAAGAACCACCAAAAAACCAACACACCCGAACUGUGCGCUUUUGCUUGACGAAGAUUGAAAUUCCAUCAACAACAACAACUGUGCUUAUUCGUCGGGCAAAGGCCGUAGAAUAACAGCAACAACUACAACAACAACUAGAUGAAGAAUGAUGCUAGAAGUGAGAAAGAGGAAAAGAUCUAAAUCAACUACUCGAUCAAACAACAUCCUGAGUCGAAUACUAAAACAUCCCAAUCUGAUUUGAAUAAACAACAACAACAUCAAAGCAGAAAACCAAUGUUAAUCGUAUGAAAAUUUUAAUAAAAAAAAACUAUCAAACUCUAGCGAUCCCAACACGAUUCAGAUAACAGCCCGAAUCACAAACACAAGAAAAGCGCCUCUUUCCGCGGACGGUAGUUCAACCGGUGAUCCGUGAGAACCGCGCGGUCCCGCCUACCAUUCUGUGGGACUAUUUCACACGCGGCAAAAGCCACGUUCCACAAAACCAUCCCAAGGAUCACGGUUGCCAUGAUUCUGAUUGGCAGAGAAAAAAAAACUGGAACGCCAACGCCCACUGCGAUCGGGCGGUGGGCGCUGGUUGAUUGACGGGUUCACUGGUGACCAUCACCACCAUCCAAGUGCACCACGUUGAUCGGCUUUUUCCAAACAGCUUUAAUUUUUUCGUUCGUAAUUUUUGUUCUUUUGUUGUUUUGGAACAGCUGGAACAGCGGAUUUGCUCGCGCAAAUUCUUUCGGGCCAGUUCCUUGACAAAAAGGAAACCAUUUUUUUUUUUCGUUUACAUUUUUGUACAUAAAAACCAAGUGAGAAUCAAUAUCAACCGUUUAACUUUAAUUGUGAAACGUUCAAUUUGAGAAUGAUUUUUUUCUGGAAAUAUACUAACUAUUAGCGUUAAACAACACUACAUAAUGUUAACGAUUUUUUACUGAAACUACUUUUUUCUACUCUAAUUAUUAUUGUUCAUAUAUGUUACGGUUUUUAAAAUGUUAGCUUUAAUGUUUAAGAAAUAUUUCUCGCCUCCUUCUUUGAAAGUUUGAAAAUCUGUUAUAACAUCAACAGCAUGCACACCAACAUCGUGCAAAAUUGAGGUUAUGUCAUAAUGUUCGUUUGUAAUAAUACCAUCAAGAUCAAGAAAAUAACAUCAAGCAUAUAACAAAUUAAAGAAGGUUUGUUAGUUUAUAACUAUUUAAAUACUAGUAAUUAACUGCUAAGUGAAUGAAAAGACAGAAAAUGUUUAAAAAAUAGCUAGGUUAUGUAUUUUUAAUGUUACUCAGCGUAGGAAUCUAUCUUCGAAACAAUAAGAAGAACCAACUGUUAUCACUUAUUUUACCGUACUAUUGUAAUUUUAUGAAACUGUACUAGAACUUGCAGCAAAAGCAGUGAUUAUUUCCUGACAAAUGAAAGCUACAACCAAUGUGUAGACAACAUCUUCGGUAAUGUCAACUUUGCUACUCUUUUUGUCUAGAAAUAACAACUAACUAGAGACAAGACGAAAACUAGUUUGACUAAAAUAACAUCACAUUUUAACUAUAGAUAAACAAUUAUAGUUGCGAGGUAGUUUGUCCCAUUAGUUAUCCUUUAAUUGCGUGUGUCGUAGUGAUCCCUAUUAAGAACAACAACAACAAAAACAACAUCUUCAAAUGGAAACAACAACAGCUGAAACCUUUUAAACUUUACAGAGAACUCAUGAUAAGAUUUUAAAUUUUAAUUUUUGUUUGAAUAAUCACUGUUUUUUCUUCACCUGGAAACCUGAUUUAUCCCAUAAAUUAAUGUAAAGAGAAACUUUGCUUAGUUGUAUGAUAAAAACUCGUCAGAAUAAUUAAUAAUAACUUAGAACCACGGGCAAAUAACAUGAAUUAUUUAUUAUCCUAGUGCAUUUUUAAGGACGAAAAGUAUACAUUUUAGAAAACUCCACCACCUAAACAAUAGUGUAUAUGCUUUAUUCUUAAAAGUGUUCGGCCGCCCGUCCGACCCAACACCACCGCGGACCCGGCCAAUGGUGCGAAAACAAACAAAAAAAGUCAUAAUAAAUAAUUUGUCUUAUUUAUACAUUCGUAUCAAACAACAUCUUUUUAUACACACCAUCUAAAACAGGAAAAGAGAAAACCAAAUUCGCUAAAAAAUAUUAUCAACAUUUGUUGUCCCGAACCAUCACCGUUAUUUUCAUUUUUGCUCGAAUCCUUUAUAACGUUACACAAGCAAAAACGAAAACAAAAAAAAAACAACAUCAAAACAACGAUAAGUUAGCAAAAAAAGAAAAGAUAUUGGAGAAAAUAUGAAACAACCUAAAAACCGAAAAA